GGCAGGGGGCGGGGCGGAGGCCGGGAGCUCCACCUCUGGAGUGGGUCAGAGUCGACGGCCCCCCCGCGGCCGGGAAGGCAUGCAACGGACCCUGCUGCGGGCGAGCUCUGCCCUCUGGAGGUCCGUCAGAAUGGGCAGCAGCAGGGCGGCCCCCCGGGACCUGCUGGCCAACAAAGUGGCCCUGGUCACGGCCUCCACAGACGGGAUCGGGUUGGCGGUGGCCCGGCGGCUGGGCCGGGACGGGGCGCACGUGGUGCUGAGCAGCCGCAAACAGAAGAACGUGGACCGGGCCGUGGCGGCGCUGCAGGCCGAGGGGCUCAGCGUGUCGGGCACCGUGUGCCACGUCGGGAAGGCCGAGGACCGGGAGCGGCUGGUGGCCACGGCCCUGGAGCGCUACGGGGGCAUCGACAUCCUGGUCUCCAACGCGGCUGUCAAUCCCUUCUUCGGGAACCUGCUCGAUGCCUCUGAGGAAGUGUGGGACAAGAUUCUGGAUAUUAACGUGAAGGCUACAGUCCUGCUGGUGAAGGCGGUGGUCCCCGAGAUGGAGAAACGGGGCGGUGGCUCCGUGAUCAUCGUAUCCUCCAUUGCAGCCUUCUCCCCCUUUCCUGCUCUGGGCCCUUAUAACGUCAGUAAAACGGCCCUGCUGGGCCUGACCAAGAACCUGGCCCUGGAGCUGGCCCCGAGGGGCAUCCGAGUGAACUGCCUGGCCCCGGGGCUCAUCAAGACCAACUUCAGCUCUGUGUUCUGGAAGGACCAAGCUGUAGAGGCUAGUAGCCAUCAAGCCUUGAAGAUCCAUAGGAUUGGAGAGCCGGAAGACUGCGCUGGCAUCGUGUCCUUCCUGUGCAGCCCGGAUGCCAGCUACAUCAUGGGCGAGACCGUGGUGGUGGGCGGAGGAUCCCCCUCGCGACUCUGACGGGGCCCAGCGGGGCCAUGGGCACCCGCGGGGCAAAGCGGGGCGGGACGACUGGGUCCUGGUCUUGGGACUUGGCCCUAGGCCCUCUUCUCUGCCCAGCCCACUGCUCCCGAAACCGUAGGAUGAAUAAAUUCUUACAGGUUGUGUAGUGGGCGGA